UGCCGUGACUACAAUCAGUCCGCAGUACAGUAUGGGGUUAAUUUUGAGACGGGAUCCCCGCGUCGUCGCAGAUGCUUUUAGGUCAUGGCGACGCUGCGAUCUCACUGGUCUCCGAUCCCUACGCUCUCUGAUCCAAUGCCCUCCCUGUAACGCCCUCGCCUUCCUUUUCACUCAAACCCUCCGCUAGUGAGACCGCCGCCGCCGCCGCCGCCGCCGCCACCCCUCCGCUGCUUUCUCCUCCUCUCCUCGUUCGCUCUCCUCCGUCGCCAACACUCCCCCUUUUCCUCCUUUUCACUCAUUUGCGGUGCAGGUGCGUCCGCUGCCACCGCUGCUGUCCCUCCACACUCUCAUCCCUCUCCGUUGCCGGCUGUGCGGUGCUCGUACGUGAUUGAACACAAUGAACUCCAAAAAAGGUGCAGGUAAGGUUUCUUCCACUUCAGCUGUAGGGGGUAAUUCAUCACGAGGUAAAGGUGCUGAAGAUCCUGAUUCUGGAAAAGGCAAUAAUGUGUUGAACAAGGGCAUGCCUGGUUUGGGCUUAGAUUCUCAGGAGAAUGGGUGGGAGGUGUAUGCAAAAAAAUCCAAGAGCAGAACUGGUGGAGCUUCAUCAAAACCUUGGGAGUCUUCAAAUACUUCUUCUAAACCUUUGGGUCAUGUAGAAGGGAUCCCUAGGCAAGGAUGGGGCACAAAUGUAGGAGUUGGCAGAGCCUCUGGGAAUAACUGGGCUCAAGCCAGUGAUUAUCGUAGGCCUGGCGGCAGAGGAAUUGGUAAGCAGCAGAAACCUACUAAGGGCUGGGAGACACAGUACGUGGCCCCACCUGCUGGUCCAGGUGUAGUGCCACCACUGCAACACGGUUGGCAAUGGGCUGCAAGAGGCGGGUCAUCAGGUUCUCAACCGAAAAUCUAUGGACCUGUCUCUCAAAAUCAACUUCAGGAUGGUUCCUUCGGUGGAGAUUUUGACUCUGAUGGUAAUAUUGUAACUAAACAAAAAGAUCAUGACUCUGAUUCUGAUGAUGAUGAUUUGGUGGAUGAUAGUGAUGGUGAUCUCAGUGAUGACUAUGAUUCGGAUGCUAGUCAAAAGAGCCAUGAAACUAGGAAGAAAAACAAAUGGUUCAAUGGUUUCUUUGAGGAGCUGGAUAAACUGACUGUUGAAGAAAUCAAUGAAUCAAAUAGGCAAUGGCAUUGCCCUGCAUGUCAAAAUGCUCCAGGUUCUAUUGACUGGUAUAAAGGACUACAACCUUUAAUGACCCAUGCAAAGACCAAGGGUUCGACAAGGGUAAAACUUCAUCGAGAACUUGCUUUACUUUUAGAAGAGGAGCUUCGUCGAAGGGGAACUACUGUUGUACCUGCUGGUGAAGUAUUUGGUAAAUGGAAGGGUCUGAAGGAGACAACUGACACGGAAAUAAUCUGGCCUCCAAUGGUGGUUAUCAUGAAUACUAUACUUGAACAAGAUGAUAAUGACAAGUGGCUAGGUAUGGGAAACCAAGAGCUACUUGAUUAUUUCAGUACGUAUGCAGCAGUGAAGGCCCGCCAUUCCUAUGGACCUAAUGGGCAUCGAGGAAUGAGUGUUUUGGUUUUUGAAGCUAGUGCAAUGGGCUAUUUGGAAGCUGAGCGGCUGCAUAAGCACUUUGCAGAGCAAGGAACCAGUAGAGGUGCAUGGGAACAUCCUCGGCGAAAUCUAUUCUCUGCUGGUGGUAAACGUCAACUGUAUGGUUACCUAGCACGAAAAGAAGAUCUGGAUACCUUCAACUACCACUGUCAAGGUAAAUCUCAACUUAAAUAUGAAUUGAAAUCAUAUCAGGAAAUGGUUGUAAUCUCAAUGAAACAAAUGAAUUUGGACAAUCAGCAACUAGUUUGGCUGAAGAACGAAUUCGUUAAGAAAGAGAAACUAUCCAAGACUGUUGAAGAAACAUUCGGUAUGUUAACCCAAAAGUUGCGGGAGACCAUGGAAGAAAACAGGAUUGUAAGACUUAGGACCAAGAUCCAACAUCAAGAGAACAAAGAAGAGAUGGAUUACCAAGAACACUUUUUCAAGGAACAAAUGGACAAGAUUCACAGUGCAACUGAAGAGAAAGAGCGAUUGUUUGAGAAGUUGCAGCAGGAGGAGUGUGCAAAGGCAAAGCAUUCUGAUUUAAAUUCUGGAACCACUGAAGAGAAGAAGCUCAGAAAGGAAGAGAUUGCGAGGUUCAUUAACAACCAAGCAAAAGGAGUUGAAGAAUUUGAGGCUGAGAGAGAGAAAUUGAUUAAGGUCCAUGAGGAGAAGAAGGUUGAACUCAGGCGACGAUAUCUGGAGGAGGAAGUUAAGCUGGAGAAGGAGUUUGAUGAUGCUCUUACCAAACUGAUGGAGAAGUAUUCCCCUGCUACCUUCCAGGCUUCGAGAAGCAGUUCUUAGGGGGAAAAAGGGUUGAAGCAGAAUGAUACUGAAGGAAUUUUCAUAAUUUUGACAUGUAGAAACCAAAAGAAAUUCUUUAGCUGUUAACAACUACUGAUCACAUGACUUUAAAACUUGACAAACAGUUCUAAGAAUAGAGGAAGAGAUUUGAUCUGACAA